UCACAAAGUGCAGCUCUCACAAUGUCUCAGCCCCGCCGCCAUAGCGAAACAGAACGCAGUUCUGGCCAAGUCAUGAUUGGCCCGACCACACGACCUUGCAUACUCACUCUCGCCAGCCAUGCCAGCCAUGCUUUGACGUGAGAUACAUAUGCCACGUCAAUGGCAGGCACAUCCCUCCGACACGCACGAUCUUAGUUACUCCAUCUAUUUGUCGCCUCGCCUCGUCUCAUCUUCUGAAUUCUCCUCAACAUCUCCGUCGCCGCCGCCGCCGUCGCAUACCCGCACCGUACAUACAUACCUCAUACACACACACGCAAACUCCACGUCGCGGCUCACCAGUACAGUGCAGUGUAGCCUUCCGCUCCCUUCGUCGUCGCCUCCCUUCGCCCCGACAGCCUCGCAGCCCGCCCGCCCACCAACCAACCAAAAAACACCACCAGCAUACCCAGCUCCCUCCAAAUGUGUUUCUGGGUACGCCUUCCCUCGAGCUGCUGCGCCCUGUCCUCCCGCUCCUCCUCCUCCUCCUCCUCCCGCUCCUCCACUCCACCUCCCACUAAACGCAGACCGACGCGCCUGCAGAAAUCCCGCGGCAACAACCUUUCCGGCGGCAGCGGCAGCGGGGGCUACGCGAGCCGGAUCUCGCAGCUACCGCCCACGAUCCCGAGCACGGUGAUGCUGCCGGCG